CGGCGGCGGCGCCGGAGGAGGCUGAGCGAGCAGCGGCGGCGGCGGGCCCGGACGAGAGCCGGAGGUGGCGGGCGCGGCGCCGGGGGCCCCCAUGGGCGGGUGUGUGGGCGCCCAGCACGACUCCUCGGGCAGCCUCAACGAGAACUCGGAGGGCACCGGAGUCGCUUUAGGGCGCAACCAGCCUCUGAAAAAGGAGAAGCCCAAAUGGAAAAGCGACUACCCCAUGACGGACGGGCAGCUGCGCAGCAAGAGGGACGAGUUCUGGGACACCGCGCCGGCCUUUGAGGGCCGCAAGGAGAUCUGGGACGCCCUGAAGGCUGCGGCGCAUGCGUUUGAGAGCAAUGACCACGAACUGGCACAGGCCAUCAUUGACGGGGCCAGCAUAACCUUACCGCACGGUGCGCUCACAGAGUGCUACGACGAGCUGGGGAACAGGUACCAGCUCCCGGUCUACUGCCUGGCACCGCCCAUCAACAUGAUCGAGGAGAAGAGCGACAUCGAGACCCUGGACAUUCCCGAGCCGCCCCCCAAUUCCGGAUACGAGUGCCAGCUCCGUUUGCGCCUGUCCACGGGCAAAGACCUCAAACUGGUGGUCCGCAGCACGGACACGGUGUACCACAUGAAGCGGCGCCUGCACGCGGCGGAGGGCGUGGAGCCGGGCAGCCAGCGCUGGUUCUUCUCCGGCAGGCCGCUCACCGACAAGAUGCGGCUGGAGGAGCUGAAGAUCCCGAAGGACUACGUCGUGCAGGUCAUCAUGAGCCAGCCCCUGCAGAACCCCACGCCGGUGGAGAACUGAGCCGGCUCCGCCGGCCGGGCCCCGGGCCCCGGGCCCUGGGCCCUCUCGCUCCUCCCCGUUGUCGUCCCCUCCUCCGCGGCGUGAAAUUUAGUUUCACUGCUCUGAAUUCCGUGUAAUGGAUUUAGUUCUGAGGAAUUAUCAGUGAAAAAUUCCAUCUGUGAUGGAGACCAACAAAAAUAAUUAAUAAAACGCAAAGAGCUAGCCUUUGAGACUCGUGUAAUUACAAUUUCUAAUUCGAGGGACAGUUGAGCAGUAGAUGGCCAUUUAUUUUAAAACACCCAGAAACUAGGUCACGGCGGUAUUUAAACGAUCCGGACUGUAAAUAGAAUGCCGCACCCGUGAAGAACAGCACCGAGCACCUUGU